AUGUUCCUGCGGUUCACAAACCUUCUUGCCGACCUCGGGCUCUCCGUCGCAUCUUUGUUCCAACACCAACCGGAAUUAGCCAAGUUACCCAUCCACGUCGGACAACGUCCCGACUCCCUGAAUCAGUACAACACAACAACGAGCCCAUCGCCGUCUCCGAGUCGACCCGCUGGCGUAUCUAUCGCCUUUUCCAAACCACCAACAGCCCAUCUUUCCGGCCCCGUUUUCAAAUUCAGUCGCGAGAGGAAUGCGGCACGCGUCGAGAAUAUACCUGACAGUGCCAAUCGCCUGGAGAUCCUCGCUCUCUUCAGGACUUUCAUAGGUGACAUUCGCUCAUCUCAGGACCUCGACGAUGCUCUGGAGAUUACUUUCUUUCACUGGCGAGAAUGCGCGAAAAGCUUUGUGCACGUCUGGGCACAGUACUGCCGGGUCGACGCUGUCUAA